GGUCCCCCCGCAGUCACCAUCUGAGCCCGCCGCCCAAAAUAGCCCUUGGCAUGAGCUGGCCUGCUUAAUGGCGUGGAGAUGGCUGCUCCCUCCAAACCUGUAGGAUUGGGUGGACCACGGAGCCCUGCGUGCCCGGAGCCCCCUCCCACCCGCUUCCACCAAGUGCACGGAGCCAACAUCCGGAUGGACCCGUCGGGGACGCGAGCCACACGCGUGGAGAGUUUCGCCCACGGUGUGUGCUUCAGUCGCGAGCCCCUGGCCCCCGGUCAGGUAUUUCUAGUGGAGAUAGAGGAAAAAGAGCUGGGCUGGUGCGGGCAUCUACGUCUUGGCCUGACCGCUCUGGACCCGGCCAGUCUGGCUUCUGUACCCGAGUUUUCACUGCCUGACUUGGUCAGCCUUGGCCACAGCUGGGUCUUCGCUAUCACGCGCCACCACAACCGUGUGCCCCGGGAAGGUCAAACAGAAGCAGAGGCAGCGGUCCCCAGCGGUCCCCAAACCCUACUCGUCGAACCCUAUUUGCGCAUCCAGCAGUUCCGAAUUCCCCGGGACCGUCUGGUGGGCCGCAGCCGCCCAGGGCUUUAUAGUCACCUCUUAGAUCAGCUCUAUGAACAAAACGUGCUGCCUCCCACUGCGCGCCGUAGCCGCCUGGGUGUUCUCUUCUGCCCCCGUGAGGAUGGGACCGCUGACAUGCACAUCAUCAUCAACGGAGAGGACAUGGGUCCCAGCGCCCGGGGACUGCCAGCUGCUCAGCCCCUCUACGCUGUGGUAGAUGUGUUUGCCUCCACCAAGAGUGUGCGCCUGGUCCAACUGGAGUAUGGCUCUUUCUGCCUGCAUGUAUGCACCUGCAGGCCAGAAGAGGGCACCAGACCUGAUUGUGAGCCACCAUGUGGUUGCUGGGAAUUGAACUCAGGACCUCUGGAAGAGCAGUCAGUGCUCUUAACCUCUGAGCCAUCUCUCCAGCCCCAGCCAAAACCAAUUUUUGAUCCGAGACUUCUUGAGAACUUGACGCAUUUACUUUUGGUCUUCUGAGAACAAUUCACUCGGGAGACAAGGCUCCUCUGGAAUUCAGUAAGUAGCCCAGGCCAGCUUCCUACUUUUGACAAUCCUUUCUGCCUCAGCCUGAAGAGGGUUGGGAUUAGCCUUGAGUCACCACAUUCCGCUAUGAGUUGUGUGUUUUUAUUAGGAAAAUAUUCUUCUGAGAUUUAGGCCUAUGGGUUUGGAGCCAUCGCAAACUCCAGAUUGAGAACUUUUUUUUUUUUUUCUUUUUGAGACAGGGUUUCUCUGAGUAGCCUUGGCUCUCCUGAAACUCAGAUGGACAACUUUUAAAAUCAGAGGUCUGGCUCACUGUAGCUCAAUGGACCUUUCACCUAUAUCUCUGGUCAUGUGUCAUGAAUCCGUUGAGCUGGAAUCUGCUGUUACCGUGCUGUGGUUGCAUAGACGGAACAGACAAAGCUGCUGGGUUAAGGGAGGAGGGUUAGGCUGUGUUAUAAUGGCAGAGGGUCUGAUCAAAGUCCUCGGAAAGAGGUGCUAUGUCAGCUAUACAAGCAGCCCCGCCAGGCAGGCCGAGCCUGAGAGCAGAAGGUAAUUCCCAAGUUGACGGCAAAUGAAAACCCAGACGUAGAUCUCAGUUCCAGUGUUACCUCCCCCAGACCCCUUUGCCUUUGACAGUCAUCUCU